AUGGCUUUCAAGGAUGUGGCUAUCUGCUUUCUUCUACUCUUUGCAUCAGGUAUAACUCCACAUGCAAAGCGUACGUUUGACGACCCGGAGGUGCAGAGGGACAUGAAAAUGUUGCCGUACAAGGUUGUGAACAAAAACGGCAAGCCUUAUAUAGAGGUGAAGUUGAAGGAUGGGGAGACUAAGGUGUUUAGCCCGGAGGAAAUUAGCGCCAUGAUACUUCAAAAGAUGAAGGAGACGGCAGAGUCGUUCUUGGGAAAGAAAAUCAAAAGUGCAGUUAUCACUGUACCAGAGACGGUUGGUGGUGUUAUGACAAAGGUGAUCCCGAGAAACACAGUGAAACCAACGAAGAUGUCGAAGAUUUUUACUACUUAUCAGGACAAACAAGACACGGUCUCAAUUAAGGUUUACGAAGGCGAAAGGGCUUUAACGAAAGAUUGUCAUGAGCUCGGGAGCUUUGAGCUAAAAGGCAUUCCACCUGCUCCAAGGGGAGUGCCUCAAAUAGAAGUGACGUUUGAGGUGGAUGUGAACGGCAUUCUCCAAGUGACUGCACAAGACAAGGCGGGCAAGAAGUCCAAGUCCAUAACCAUCACCAACGACAAAGGGCGUUUGACCGAACAAGAGAUUGAGGACAUGAUACGUGAGGCUGAGGAGUUUGCCGAGGAGGACAAAAACGUUAGGGAGAAGAUCGAGGCUAAGAACAAGCUCGAGACCUACAUUUUCAACAUGAGGAACACGAUCCAGGACAAGUUUGCGGACAGUGUAGAGCACGAGGACCAGGAGAAAAUCGAGAGCGCAUUAAGAGACGCGAAUGAGUGGCUGGACGAGAACCCGAGCGCUGAGAAGGAUGAGUUUGAUGAGAAGAUGAAGGAGUUAGAGGAUUUGUGCAAUCCGAUUGUGAGAAGGGCGUAUGAGAAGAGUGGUGGGGCCCGGGGCAGUGAUGGUGAAGACGAGGAAUCGCAUGAUGAGUUAUAG